AUGGAAGGAUUAAUUAAUGUAUUAAAAGAUCAACAAAAUGUUAUAACAAAGGGACUAACUAAUUUUAAAAAAUGUGGUAAAGAUAGGUUAACCAUAGAGUAUGUAGAAACAAGACAAGAAUUAUUAGAAAAGGAUUGGGCACUGUUUAAAGAAAAUAAUACUAAGUUAUACGAACGUUUCAAAGCAGAAGAUAUAUCACAAAGGGUUGUUGAUAUUUAUGAUGCUACAGAGGAUACUUAUAUUGUUUACAAAAGCUUAAUGAAAACUACCCUUAACACAAUUCGGUCAGCUAAAGAUUCUUUAAAUCAAGCCAAUACUUCUAGCACCUUUAAUAAAUCAAGUAGUUCUUUCGUAAAGUUGCCCAAAAUAUCCAUUCCAACAUUCUCAGGAAAAUAUGAUGAAUGGACAACAUUUCACGAUCUGUUUACCUCAUUAGUACAUAAUAAUGAAUCUUUAGAUAAUGUACAAAGGCUUCAUUACCUAAAGAGCCACCUUUCCGGUGAAGCAGAACAAUUGAUUCGCCACACACCUGUAACUGAUGCCAAUUAUAUUCAGUGCUGGAAUCAAUUACAGAAGCGUUAUAACAAUAAGAAAUAUUUAACAAAUUGUAUUCUUAAACGGUUGUUUAAUCAAAAACGUAUGCAGGUGGAAUCAUCUACAGCUCUGAAGGAGUUACUUGAUACCACUUGUGACUGUCUUAAUGCGUUGAACAAUUUGGGUAUUAACGUGAGCACAUGGGAUGUUAUUAUAAUUCACAUAGUUUCAUUUAAAUUGGAUAACGAGACGCGUAAGCAAUGGGAGCUUAGUGUUGGCAACAAUGACUCCAGCAAUGACUUACCAACUUUCAACCAAUUUAAGGCUUUUAUAGAAAAUCGGUUUCGUGCGUUAGAAUGUUUAGAUCCUAAAAGGGUACCAGUUCACCAGAGCAACAACGUUAAUAAAGCAUCAAUUGCUCACUCUCCGAAGGCAAUGUUGACUACGAGUUCAUCAAUGCGAUGUGAGUUUUGCUUAGAAGGACACAAAUUGUGUUUCUGUAAGAAGUUCUCAAAACAGACGGUUGAAGCACGUCGUGAUUUUGUGAUAAAACAUAAAAUAUGUUUCAACUGUUUAGGCGGCAAUCACAUGGUUUCGGAAUGUAGAAAGCCCACUACAUGUAAGGUUUGUCAAAGGCGCCAUCAUUCGCUACUGCAUAUUAUUAGCCAGGAGUCGGACAAAAGGGAUCAACCUUCGACGGCAUCGACUGUCGACAGUGUUAGUUCACCUAAUGCUGGCCCGAUUGUCUCAUGUCUGUCAAUAGGUAAUACUCCCAAGCCCCGACAGGUUUUAUUAGCCACUGCGCUAAUAAAAGCCGAGUCACGCUCUGGUGACUUUCAGAUGGUCCGAGCCUUGCUCGAUCAGGGUUCGCAGGCAUGUUUUAUUACAGAGGCCGUAGUUCAGCUGCUCAACCUGAAGAAAAUCCCGAUCCAAGGAACUAUCUCAGGACUUGGCGGCAAUAGUUCAACCAAAGCAACGUACAUGGUACGUUUAAAUAUAAAAUCGCGAGUAGAUCCUGUAUUCAGUCUUACGGUUAACGCUUACGUACUUACCAAAAUCACGUCAUACUUACCUGAAUACAAAGUACACACUACUUUAGAUUGGUUAAGCGUUAAUACGCUACAGCUUGCAGAUCCAGAGUUCAACACGCCCAAUAAGAUAGACGUGUUGUUGGGCGCUGAUGCAUACAGUUGCAUUAUUAAGGCAGGUAUUGUUAAGAGCCCGUCCGGUACGCUGAUUGCUCAAAGCACUACCUUAGGGUGGGUCCUGUCUGGCGCUGUCAGUAGGGAAAGUUCAACAAAAAUUAAUGUCUUGCAUGCACAACUUAGUGAUGACGAAUUAUUAAGACGAUUUUGGGAAAUUGAAGAGCAAAAUAGUUCAAAGAAAAUAUUGACACCCGAGGAGAAGAAGUGCGAAGAGCUGUAUAGUAAAACUACCAUAAGAGACGUCAGUGGAAGAUACGUAGUAAGAUUACCUUUCCGCGAAGAAAAUCCAUCUUGUAAAGGUUGUGGCUCUCGUGCUAUCGCUGAAAGGAGAUUUAAAUCUUUAGAAAAAAGGUUAGGAAGGGAUGUAGAUUUAAAGGAAAGAUACAAGCAGGUAAUAGAAGAGUAUUUACAACUAGGACACAUGAGGAAGAUAGAUAAAAGGGACAAGAAUAGGGAUGCAGCGGUAUACUUACCUCACCAUGCUGUCAUUCGGGAGGACAAAACUACCUCGAAGGUACGUGUCGUGUUCAACGCCUCCGAAAAGAACAACAAUGGAGUCUCACUCAAUGACACGUUGAUGGUGGGACCUACAUUGCAGUCUGAUUUGAGACACACAGUUUUAAGAUGGAGAUUUCACCCUAUUGCACUGGUAGCAGACAUUGUUAAAAUGUACCGCCAGGUCAGGAUUUCGGAUGAAGAUGCAAUGUUUCAGCGCGUUUUAUGGCGAGACAGUUCUGAAAUCGAAAUCGAGGACUACGAACUAGUGACUGUUACCUUUGGGACGGCAUCAGCACCAUACCAAGCAGUCAGAACACUUCAUCAAGUAGCCUACGAUGAAGGCCACAAUUAUACAGUUGCUGCAGAUAAGAUUCUCAACUGCUUCUACAUGGACGACUUGAUGACCGGUUGUAACGACGUCGAAGAAGGCCUGGAAAUACAUCGUCAAAUGACAGACUUAUUAGGAAAGGGUGGAUUUGCGCUUCAAAAAUGGAACAGUAAUAAUCAAGACAUAGUAAACAAAAUACAGGACAUAGAAAGUAAUAUACUAAAAGGACAAAUAGAUCAAAACAGGACAAAGGAUAACAAGGACAACACAAAUAAUCACAAUAUCAUACAGGACAUAAAAUCAAUAGAACAAUAUAAACCAAAUAAAUCAGGAAAUAAACAAAACGAAGUAGAAAUAAAACUUGACAGUACUAUUAAAAUUCUAGGACUUACCUGGAACCGCAACGCAGACUGCUUCCAGUACACGGUGAACCUCCCGAUGCCCACGACCGCACCUGUAACUAAACGAGCUAUUAUUUCUGUGAUAGCACGACUUUUCGAUCCAUUAGGUUGGUUAGCCCCUAGUAUGAUUAUAGCGAAGGUCUUCAUACAGAAGUUGUGGCUUGCAGGUGUUGAUUGGGACCAGGAGCUAACCGAUGAUUUAAUAAAUGAAUGGAUACCGUAUCGUGAAGAGUUGAUAUUACUCACCAAGGUUCGGAUUCCUCGUUGGCUUGGUACAAGGUCGAACGACUAUCUGGAACUUCACGGUUUUAGUGACGCCUCUAAAACAGCUUACGCAGCUGCUGUUUACUUGCGAGUUGUCGGUUCAGAUGGUAACAUUAAUGUAUCGUUGCUGGUUGCUAAAACUAGAGUCGCACCAGUAAAACAAAUAAGUAUUCCGCGAUUGGAACUCUGUGGAGCGGUCUUGCUGUCACAACUGCUAUCGCAAACAGCUGAGGUCUUGAAUGUUUCUCAAGAAAGGGUCAAGGCGUGGACUGAUUCCACUGUUGUGUUGGCUUGGAUAAACAGCCACCCAAGCAGGUGGAAGACAUUUGUGGCCAAUAGAACAUCUGAAAUAUUAACCUCAAUGAAAGCGUCGCAAUGGUUUCACGUCUCCACAAAGGAUAAUCCAGCAGACUGUGCCUCGAGAGGGAUACUUCCUAGUUCAAUACCAGAAAACAAUUUAUGGUUUACUGGACCACCGUUUCUUAAGCUACAAAACGUAGUUUACAAUAGGCCAAAUCACAACAAUUGUACUACAGAUUUAGAAGAGUCAGCAAAGGUACAUGUAGCGACAAUUCCAAACGAAUCGUUCUUUGAUCGGUUUUCUCAGUUACGAAGAUUAGUUAGGAUUGUUGCAUACUGUCGUAGAUUUUUAAAGGAGAACAAAAUAUACAGAAAGGGAUAUUUACAAAAGACAGAAUUAGACGCUGCACUCGAAAGUUGUAUAAGAAAAACACAGAGAGAACUAUUUACAACAGAAUAUGAAGAAUUAAAGAACAAAGGCUAUAUACAAUUAAAAUCAAGCCCAUUAAGGAUCAUUGAGAAACAUCCUGGGGAUGAUAAUAUCACCCGUGUUGCCACGUUACGCACUAAAUCCUCAACAAUCAAAAGACCAACAUCCAAAUUAUGCAUUUUACCCGUAAGUCAAUAA